AUGGCGUUGCCACUCCCUGAGGUUCAGUCUGCCGUGGACUGCGCCUCAUUCGAUCACACUGUGCUACCAUUUCUUUCGCAGUUGAUUACUCUCCCCGAAAGGCUUCAGGUUGCUGCGGUAGCCAAGGAUGUGGAUGGUUUGAAAGAAAUCUAUCUCUCCACCAACCCUUUCAUUACAGCGCUGGGAUUCAGUCUAGCCCUAUCUGUAUUCUUCUUUCUCUUCUCAGAGAUCAACCGAAACUACUCCCAAGUCGAUCGGUUCUGGCCUUUUCUGCCAGCUAUAUACAAUGUGCAUUUCGCCCUUUGGGCACGCAUGUCUGAUCUGCGCACGCAACAUCUGGACACGAUCGCCGCUAUCUCUAUUCUCUGGAGUGUCCGCCUGGCAUUCAACUACUGGCGCAAAGGAGGCUACAAGAUCGGCUCGGAAGACUACCGUUGGGCGAUUUCGCUGCUGCUGUUGCUCCUCGCGGCGCCCACCUACAACUUCCUCCUUCUGUCGCGCCUCCCUGGCGGAAAGACAUUUGAGGUCCCCGACCUGGUAUUCUCUCGUGUCGCCUUCUUCUUCAUUAUCAUCGAAUAUUUCGCCGAUCAGCAGCAAUGGCACUUCCACUGCGCCAAGCAUGAAUACCAGAAGACGGCGCGCAUCCCUGAUCAGUACAAGAGCCAAUUUACCCCCGAGGACCUGGAACGCGGCUUCACUGUCAGCGGCCUGUGGUCUCUGUCUCGCCAUCCCAACUUCCUCGCCGAGCAGGCUAUCUGGCUGACCCUCUACUUGUGGAACUGCUACCGCACCGAGUCGUAUGCCCAGUGGACUGGAGUUGGUGUCCUGGUUCUCCUCAUGAUCUUCCAGGGAAGCACUCGUCUUACCGAGUCCAUCAGCUCUAGCAAGUACCCUGAAUACAGCGAGUACCAGGCUCGUGUUGGACGGUUCAUUCCCCGCUUCUCCGCGAAGCCCAAGUAUAAGGGCAAGGCCAAGAAGGCUAAGAAGACUGAAAAGUCUGAGCAGUCGGGAGAAGAGGAGGACAAGAAGCAUCAGUGA